GAAAGGUGUAACUUAUAGGGAAUCUGAGCCAAUACAUUUUUUUUUUAUUUUAAAUAUUUGUUAAAUCUAAUUGAUUUCAAUGUCUUUAUUUUGAUUGUAAGUUUAUAAAAUUUAAUGAGAAGUUUAUAAAGUAAAAAAUGCUACAGCAAUGGCAACAUCUUCAAUCUACAUAGCAUUAAUAACAACAAUAAGUUUUAUUUGCUUUGCAUUAAGUUGCGCUGCAGUGUUUCUACCAGUCUGGGGAUAUUUUGAAGAAACAAAUGGGGGAUUUGGCUCUGAUCGUGGUUACUUUGGGCCUUGGAAAGUGUGUAAAGAAUUAACUUACAAUCGAGAAAAGUGUGGGACAUCUGAAAAUGUAUCGCGAUUUCGCCCUUCAGGAUUUGUUUUUGCUAGUGGAAUCAUGAUUGUUCUUAGUAUGAUAUUGCUAUUGCUAUAUUGCAUACUUUCCGUUAUUCAAAUUGCAGCAAUCUCAUCUCGCGAGAAAAUUUUGAUGAGAUACAGUUCGCUAGUUACUUCAAAACUUAUUCUAGCUAUUAUUGGAGCUAUGUCAACAUUGCUUUGCGCUGCAAUGUUUGCCGUGCAAACAGACGAUCUUAGGCGAGGUUUUGUUGUGUCCCGAGGAGUGUCUUUUUAUCUCGUAAUCACCUGUCUUGUGAUGACUAUCCUUCUUACAGUAAUGAGUAUGUAUGAUGUUAUGUUUUCACGUCGAUCUGGUGGUGAUCCCACACAAGUUCCUGAUGUUAGCGGUGCCAGAGCAAUAACUUAUGAUAAUCCUGGUUAUAAAGAAGGGGAUCACUACAAUAAAGGUAUUGCUAUGACAGCUUCAUCAGGAAAGCCAUACGCUGGAAGCUUUGGAUCAGUAACUACUACAAUGACGUCAGUUUCGAAUGGAUCUACUAUGACAGAUGGAUCAGUGAUAAUGACAAGUCGUGGUCCACUUAGGUCUAGCUUAAAAAAACCACGACAAAAACCCCAAACAAAUGAUUUUGGUAUUCAAAAUCCAGGUUUCCAUGGUGUCAGCAGCUCACCAAAUAUGGAUCGUAAAGGAAGCGUUAAGAAAGUUCGUAUUCAAACUCACAGUACUGAAGUUUGAAAAUGUUUAAUUAUCAAUCGACAAUAUAAUUAUUAAGUGAGUAAGGGCCAAUAGGAGAAAAGGAGAAUCUAAAAAUAAUUAGGCCUAAAUGAUUUUAGGAAAAGAAUUCAACUCAGAUUGAAUAAUUUAUGCAUCAAGUUUUGCACGGCAUUAUUCGAUUGAAAAUAGAUUAAAUUGUUAUUAAAUCAUUUCUAUUACACUCCACAUUCUUACAAAACGUAUAUUGCAUAGUUGAAUUGUUGCGCAAGCAGAAAACGAAAAGAUGUUUCCCGAAACUCAAUUAAUAGACUCAACUCAGUUAAUAACUUAUAAUAUUUAUGUAAGUCUUGUUCUCGUUUUAGAUUCAUAGUUUCAAAAGGUCUGGUUUUUAUAUUUUUAUAUCUCUCUUUCUCUCUCUACUUCAAUGUUAAUUCAAUUAAGUCAUGGAAUAGUACCAAAUUAGAAUAAGGCGUAAUACAUUCAAUAUCACCUGUUGACUCUUUCUUACUGUAUUUCACUUCAUUUGAAUCUAGUGUUGUACACGAGAACACAAUUUAAAGCAUAUCAAAAUCCGUCCACGAUUGAUAUCAAUUUUGUCAUUAAUCUUUUAUAUGCAUACAUAUUUAAAUAUCUAGUUUAGUUUUUAUUGUGCCGUCCAUUGAGAGAUCGCUUCACAUUCCGUGGCCGCUCUGUUUUAAUAUUAAAAUUUUAAUAUGUUCUAAAUAUUAGUUUCCUUGUUUUUCUUCAUGAUAUUUUCAUCUACAUAGGUAAUCACUUUGAUUUAAAAAAAUGUGAUUAAAAUAGUAAACUAAUCAAUGUGUGUCUUUUGUAAAGAGACCUCAAAUUCUAAAUAUUAUUGCACUGAAUAUUUAUCUAAUUGUUUUUUUAUCUGUCUAUUUACUUAAAUGUUUUAUUAACCUAAUUAUACAAAAAAAUUGUAUUAGGUCAAAAUUAACACAAUGUCAAAUUAGGUAUUUUUGCUUUUGACAUCAAAAAGCAAUCGAAAUGCCUAAUGAAUUAAGUCUUAGAUAUUUUUUUAAUCUUGACAUAAUUACUACCUGACCUUAUAUUUAUAUAUCUUUUAAUAAAUGCUUCCACGGAAAAUGAUAAAAAAAAACAUUUUAAACAUAAAUAUUAUUUUAGCCUUGUUUAUAGUAUACAAAGGAUAUGUGGCCUUGAUAGUUUUAUUCUUAGAGUCAAUGAUCUACUUAGUGUUUGUUGAGGAUUUGAACCCACACAAGUGUCUUUAUUAUUAUAACCAGAUAUUUUGCCUACCCAGAGUGUAGAAUUAUUUCGAAAAUUUGGAUUUCAUUUGAAUGUUAUAUUAUUAAGCGGAUCUAGAUGAUAUUUAGUUUAUAUAGAAAGAUCAAAUUUUAUUCGGUAAAUACAAAUUAUAAUGCAAAUAAAGCAAGAAUCGAAACAUCCAAUAAUACUUUUUAUCUCUUGAAAUAUUGAAAUAUUUAUUAUUCUUUGUAACGACG